AUGGUGCUGUCAUGGCGUGCGCUGGCGCUGCUAGCCGCGCUUCAAAUGUGCUCAUGUUUACCGAAAGCACUGUAUCACAAUCAUUUCGCUGUCCAUGUACCAGCUGGCGAGAAACACGCGGAUGACAUCGCGAGAAGACAUGGUUUCAAAAACCAUGGCCAGAUUGGAGCCCUCAAGGGUUACUACUUGCUGUCACAUCACGAGGUUCACAAGCGGUCGACAGAACCAAGCCAUGAGCAUCAUCACAAGUUAAAUAAUGAACCAGAGGUUAAAUGGUUCGAGCAACAACGCGAGAGGCGUAGAAUGAAACGUGAUUACAGCCCUUAUGAGAGCACAUUAUGGUCGCAGUUGUCUCGAAGGCUGCCCUCCCAUAGAACCCGUCACCGCGCCAUUACACCCUCGCCUUUCUUCUCCGAUCCCUUGUUUAAAGAGCAAUGGUAUUUGAAUGGCGGUGCGAAAGAUGGACUUGACAUGAAUGUAAUGCCGGCGUGGCAAAGAGGUUACACUGGAAAGGGUGUAGUUGUGUCAAUCCUUGAUGACGGUAUACAAACCAACCAUCCCGACCUCGCGCAGAACUAUGAUCCUCUCGCUUCCACUGAUAUCAAUGGUAACGAUGAUGAUCCAAUGCCUCAAGACAAUGGUGAUAAUAAACAUGGAACACGUUGUGCGGGGGAGGUCGCCGCUGUAGCGUAUAACCAGUACUGUGGUGUCGGUAUAGCGUACAAUGCUAGUAUAGGGGGAGUCCGUAUGUUGGACGGUGUAGUGAAUGACGCGGUCGAAGCCAGAGCUCUUGGUCUUAAUCCAGAUCACAUUGAUAUAUACAGUGCGUCGUGGGGACCUGAAGAUGAUGGGAAAACGGUAGACGGGCCGGGCCCGCUCGCUAGAAGAGCUUUUAUUUAUGGAGUUACAAGUGGUAGGCGAGGUAAAGGAAGUAUAUUCGUGUGGGCUUCGGGAAACGGUGGUCGCCAUACAGACUCUUGUAAUUGUGAUGGAUAUACAAAUAGUAUAUUUACUUUAUCAAUAUCGAGUGCGACACAAGGGGGAUUUAAACCUUGGUAUUUAGAAGAAUGUUCAUCGACACUAGCCUCCACAUAUAGUUCGGGUACUCCGGGCCAUGAUAAAAGUGUUGCUACUGUUGAUAUGGACGGGAGAUUAAGAUCAGAUCAUAUUUGUACAGUGGAACAUACAGGAACGUCCGCAUCUGCACCUUUAGCAGCCGGUAUUUGCGCUCUUGCCCUGGAAGCUAAUCCAAACUUGACCUGGAGAGAUAUGCAGUAUUUAGUAGUGUUAACAUCACGUCCACAACCUCUCGAGAAAGAAACCGGGUGGAUUGUGAACGGUGUGAAAAGAAAAGUUAGUCACAAAUUUGGCUAUGGUUUAAUGGAUGCAUCGGAAAUGGUGAAUUUGGCGGAACAAUGGGUGUCAGUACCACCGCAACAUAUAUGUAAAUCGCAGGAAAUCAAUGAGGACAAAGCUAUUGAAUCUUCGUUUGGUUAUACACUAAAAGUACAUAUGGAUGUUAAUGGUUGCAGCGGAACAGUUAAUGAAGUGAGAUAUCUAGAACAUGUACAGUGCAAAAUAUCGUUAAGGUUUUUCCCUAGAGGUAAUCUCCGCAUACUUCUUACUUCACCAAUGGGAACAACGUCGUCUUUGUUAUUUGAAAGACCUCGGGAUGUUAUUAGUUCCAACUUUGAUGACUGGCCUUUCUUAAGUGUUCAUUUUUGGGGUGAGAGAGCCGAAGGUAGAUGGACCUUGCAGAUCGUUAAUGCUGGUAACAGGCAUGUUAACCAACCAGGUAUUCUCAAAAAAUGGCAGUUGAUAUUUUACGGAACAUCAACCGAUCCUAUACGAUUAAGGUCGAAGAGACCUGCCCAAGCAGCGCCAGCCUUCGCUUUUCCAACUGCCGCUGAUGGUUACGAAGCUGCCGGGGAUUCUUUUUACAAUACUGACGCGUUUACAAAUUACCAGAACUUUCCUUCAUUAUUCGCCGCUGGGUCAAACCCCGAAAAGGCGAUAGCCCGUCUCGACGGACAUAACGUCCCUUCACCGCAUGGGGAAAAUGUCCUCGCUGAUAGUAAUGAUAAGCGCGUCAUGCAUGAUUGUGACCCCGAAUGCGAUUCUCAAGGAUGCUAUGAAAAAGGACCCACUCAAUGUAUAGCCUGUAAGCAUUACAGACUAGAUGAUGCCUGUGUAUCUCGAUGCCCUCCGAGGAGUUUUGCCAAUCAGGGUGGUGUUUGUUGGCCCUGUCAUGAAACAUGUGAAACAUGCGUGGGACCAGGACAAGACUCAUGUUUAACAUGUUCGCCAGCACAUUUAUUAGUCGCCGAUUUGGGUUUGUGUAUACAACAAUGUCCUGAUGGGUAUUGGGAAAACAGCGAAGCGUCAGCAUGUCGGCCAUGUGCUGCACACUGUUCCACCUGUUCGGAGAGAGCCGAUGCGUGUACCUCAUGUGAACAUCAUCUAGUCCUAUAUAACGGAACUUGUGCCACAUCCUGCCCACCUUCAACGUAUGAAACGGAAGACUACAGCUGUGCUAAAUGUCAUGAAAGUUGCAACACCUGUCAGGGACCUGGAGAGAAUCAUUGUGUCACAUGUCCUGCUUCAAGUUAUGUGCUCGAUGGCCGUUGUUUGAGCACGUGUCCAGGUGGUUAUUAUGCCGAUAAGAAAAGGAAAGAAUGCAUGAAAUGUCCCAUUGGUUGUGCAACUUGUUUGGCUACAUUGUGUCAAUCUUGUAACUCAAACUGGGAGCUGAAUAGAAAAGGAAAAUGUGUGGCCGCUGGAAGUGAAAGAUGUAAUGCUGGUGAAUUUUCGGAUGGGAGCCAAUGUCAGCUGUGUCACAACGACUGCGAUUCGUGCUACGGUGAAACUGAAGGCAAUUGUUUAACGUGUCCAUCACCCAACCUUUUACAGAAUCACAAAUGUGUACCAGAAUGUAGUCGUGGGUACUACUCUGAAGCCGGUCGCUGCACUCGUUGUAUGCACGGUUGCAGUGAGUGCGCAUCGAGACUUAACUGCACUUUCUGCACUGGGUCACUCAGACUUCAAUCUGGUACUUGUAGAACAGCCUGUGCAGAAGGUUACUACGCUGAUCGUGGUACAUGUUCUAAGUGCUACUUAUCGUGCGCUACGUGUAUCGGUCCUCGUCGUGAUCAGUGUGCCUCUUGUCCUCGAGGCUGGAGACUGGCAGCUGGUGAAUGUCACCCUGAAUGUCCACAGGGUUUCUAUAAGACCGCGGACGGUUGCCGCCACUGUCACCACUACUGCCGCGAGUGUGACGGCUCCGGGCCGUUACACUGCACGUCGUGUCCUCAGCGCUUCAUGUUAGACGGCGGGCUGUGUAUGGAGUGUUUGAGUUCUCAGUACUAUGAAACCAGCAGUGGAUUAUGUCGAUCGUGUCACGAAUCGUGCAGGACUUGCUCCGGACCCGGGCAGUACAGCUGUACGGCGUGUUCGAGACCAUUGCGGUUGGAUAGGUUAAACAACCAAUGUGUUCAGUGUUGCUCAGAACGAGUUAACAACGCUACCUCAGACUGUUGUCACUGUGAUUCAGACACAGGUGAGUGUAUUAACUCGUCGGGCGCUGUUCGUCGUAUCGCGGAGUGGGGCGCGCUACACACCGACGAGAACCAUCCAGAACUAGCGACCACUAUGAUAAUGUUGUGUGUGGCGGCCGCGCUCGUGGUGCUCGCUGUGGCCGUCGUGUUGCAUAAGCGGUCACAGAAGCCGCAGGCGCGAUCUAAAGGACUAACUUACGCGGCGUUAUCGUCGGAGGACGCGGAUGUGUUGGUGGUGGGGCGUGGCCGGGCGGUCAAGGACGUGCUCGAGCACGAGCACGCGCGCUCCGACGAACUAGAGCACGCGCCGCUCAUGAAACAUUCCGCAUAG